GAAGAAGUAGAAGGAGAAAAAUUGCAUCAAAUGAAGAAGAACCAGCAACAGAUGAAGAAGAAGGGAUAUGUAGGAAAACAUGCAAUGCGGCGGCGGCUCCCCGUCACUGCCAGCCCACCGCUGCCAGGCCACAACAACAACAUGACGGACCUCAGCCAGCAGCUCCUUCUCGCCCUGGCACAGGAUGGCUGCCUCGCCUCGCACCAGUUUGCCACCAAGAUUGGCCAGGAUCACCAGAGGAUUGUGGGCACCAUCAAGUCCUUAGAGUCACUGGGCAACGUUGUGGAUGUGAAGCAGACAACAGUGAAGUCAUGGGAAUGCACUGAAGAGGGCACCUGCCUAGCCAAUGAUGGCUCCCAUGAAGCAAGGCUGUUUUCCUCCCUGGGUAAGGAGGGCCGCCUGCUGGCAGACAUCAAGGCCAACAUUCCAAACUCAAACAUUGCCCUUGGAGCAGCAAUGAAGAAUAAGUGGGUGAAGAAGGAGGGAGAGAAGGUAGUUCCAAUAGUGUCAUCCAUCACUGAUGAGGUACAACUCCACCUUCAAGCUGUGGCUCGAGGGGAAGCACACGCUGUCCCAGAUAAAGUCAAGGCUGAUUACAAGAAGAGGAAGCUCAUCAAGGAGAUUGAAAAGACUGUUUUUGAAGUAAGGAAAGGAAGUGAGUUUACUACAUCAGUUGUGAAGCAAGAAGCAGAGUUUACAAAAGAUAUGAUUGAGAGUGGACAGUGGAAGAAUGCAAAUUUCAAGCCUUAUAACUUCAAAUCCAAAGGUCGAGUGGAGCUGCGGUCUGGCCACCUCCAUCCACUGAUGCAGCUUCGUUCAGAGUUCCGCCGCAUCUUCCUGGAGAUGGGCUUCACAGAGAUGCCCACCAACAGCUACGUAGAGAGCGCCUUCUGGAACUUUGAUGCUCUGUUUCAGCCACAGCAGCACCCUGCCCGUGAUGCCCAGGACACUUUUUAUGUAUCAGACCCAGCAACCUGCCUAGAAGUGCCUGAAGACUACUUGGAGCGGGUGAGGAAAACUCAUAGUGAAGGUGGGUAUGGUUCCAUUGGCUACCAAUGCAAGUGGAACAGAGCAGAAGCAGAUAAAAACCUGCUGCGAACCCACACCACUGCUGUCAGUGCUCGCAUGCUGUAUAAAUUGGCCCAGGAUGGGUUCAAGCCAGCUAAGUACUUCUCCAUCGACCGUGUGUACCGCAAUGAAACACUGGAUGCCACUCACCUAGCUGAGUUCUACCAAGUGGAGGGAGUGGUGGCUGACCAUAACUUCAGCAUCAAGAACUUAAUGGGUGUCAUUGGGAGCUUUUUCAAGAAGAUUGGUAUGACCAGUGUUCGCUUCAAGCCCACCUAUAAUCCCUACACAGAGCCUUCAAUGGAAAUAUACAGCUAUCAUAAAGGACUCAAGAAAUGGGUUGAAGUUGGCAAUUCAGGCCUUUUCCGCCCAGAAAUGCUUCGACCAAUGGGAUUGCCUGAAAGUGUCAAGGUGUGCGGCUAUGGGCUGUCCCUGGAAAGGCCAGCCAUGAUCAUGUACGGCAUCAACAGCAUCAGAGAACUUGUGGGUCCUCGGGUCAAGAUGGAGCUGAUCCUUGAUAACCCAGUCUGCACCAUUGACAAGUUUAGUGGAGAGACUGCUGGAGAUCGGUAUGGAGUUCCUUCAGUAAAUGCUCUGAGCAAGCGACAGGAGCUAAUUUUAGAAAAGUUGUCAGCCCUGCAAGCCAAAGUUGCCAGCAUUGCCUCAAAAAUGGGUGUCACUUUGGAAGGUUCUGUUCACGCUGUCACCACACAACUCACAGGUGGUCCUCAGCUUGGGAGCCUUCAUGAUGUGGUGGUGUAUGCAGACCCACGCAGGCCUCCCUAUAGCCUUCGGGCGCUGGCAAUUGCUCUUUCUGCUCAGUUCCCAAUUUGCCUCAAAGUUCAUUGCCACUCCACUGUGAAGGAGAUAUCUGAGAAGCUACAGCAGUUCUGGGGAUCAGGAGUUGGUGCUGACCGUAGUCAGAGUCAAGUCUGCAUCACCCUUGUGUGGAGGCAAGUGGGUGACUCCCCAGCUACUCUUCUUCCCACACUCUCUGUAGCACCCUUGGCUGCCACUCAGGUAUCUGGUGAGCACAAUAUAGUGAGAUACCUGGCCAGACUGAUGGAGGCAAGCAAUGGAACCAGCUCUCUCCACCUUUAUGAGGGAGAGUCUAUAAAUCAAGCUACAUCCACACUGGUGGACUACUUUUUAGAUCAAUGUCAUACAAAGUUGGUCUUGGGUAGUAACAAGGAGCGGGCGGCAUACUUGCGGGACAUGGACAAAGGGCUGGGAUCGGGAUCCCAGGAAUUCCUUGCUGGAGCCUCACUUACUGUGGCGGACCUCCUGCUUUUGUCAUGCCUGUUGCAGCUACGUUUGUUAGAAUCAGCGCCUCCCAGAGUGCAGCAAUGGAGUAAACUCUGCUUAACACACCAGUUAUGUAAAAACUUUAUUUAGUGUCUCUUACAAAUUGUUAAGAGCAGUUAUCUGUGAUGAUGCGUAUCAUAACUAUUUCGUGUAAACUACAUGUAGCCAGACUGUGAUCACAUGACAUACACUGCAAAAUAUAAAAAUAACGGUAUUUAAAAGUCCUGGUGUUUUGCUGUAGUAACAUUUAUCCUAGUUUAUUAUCACAUUCAGAUAGUCUCUCAUCUCCAAAUUGUAUGUUAUCACGAUAGCGUUCUAUGGUUGAAUACCUCACUAACAAAUAUAGGUAUUAUGUACUAUAUAAUUAUGAACUCAACUCACACUGUCAGAAAAUUGCUCAGUGAACAUGUAAGUGUUUGGUCACAAUUGAUGCUUCCAAGACAAUUAGUGGGAAUAAAGUAAAGGUCAUUCAUUAGUGUACUGUAAAUGAGAAUGACAACUACGGCAGAGAUAUACCGGAACGUGCCAAGUAUGUAACUUUCCCUCAGCAGUAAAUACAUAGUUAUUUCAUUUGAAAAUUAAUAGCAGAAUAUGUGAAUUGUCAUGCAGUGGCUCGCGGCACGGGUUGUGCAGUGACGACGAUGGUGUGAAGUUCUUUCUCUCAUCCGUCACACCUCCACAACCUCCUUACUGUCACCAUGGUGGAGCUGUAUUCUUCACUCUUCAUUAUUUAUUUAUUUUGAAAAUUUAUUUUAUUGUAUUUAUUUUGCAGGUGUAGGGAUUAUUUCUUGUUUUUAUCAUGAAAAUACCCGUGCACUAAGUAACAAAAAAUAAAUGGUUUAUAUCGAAAUAAAGUGCUGCUCAAUUAUA